CUUCUCUAGAAAUCUUAGAGUAGGUGCUCCUUGAAGUCCUUUGUUUAUCAUCUAUUGAAUAUUUGCAGUCUCUUUCUAAUGAGUGCCAAGACCUCUUCUUUGUACUAGGAUAGAGCGAUUGAUUGACCUAUCGAGUACUACCCGACAUUUAAGCUUGAGCUUUUAACGUUGUGAGAGAUAGAGUUGGAUUGAUAGUGACCUAAAUUUGAAUGAGCGAUUUGACGAGAGUCAGUUGGCUCUAUUGACGAUCAAAUGGCAUCAAUUUCUAGCAAUGAUAUGAACAAUACCCGCACUUUUCUUCAUUACGAUAUUUUUGCCAUAAUUUGUCGGGAGCUGGUAAGGCAAAGAGAUUGCGAAACUUGGCACCACUGUAUCGAAGCAGGCGGUUCUCUUGCGAUAGCUGCUCUUGAGAGUGCUGGUUUAGAUGAUUUUCAGGACAUUAUCUUCAAGGUCCAAAAGCCCAGCCAAGAAACUGCUCUCAAACUGUUUAAUGUCUUAUAUGAAAGGCAUAAACGAGGAAAUGACGAUAAACCCCUGGAAUUUGAGUUCUGUAAAACGGCGAGCAAGUGGCUUACACUUUCCGUGAAAUGCGAAUUCAGACAGCUCAUCGAAAGGAUCGUCCUGAUCCCUGGUAUCGAAGAAUUUUCGUUUUUGGGAGCUAUAGCCAACGCAGCUGUUGUUGAGUGGGAUGAUCUUUUCCAAGAAUGGCUCGAACGAGAGAACAACCUUAUGCGCAACAAUCUCCAGCGCUAUCAAUUUGCGUUCUCUCUCGCCCUAAUUCUGCUCUACAAAUCGCCAUUGAAGCCUUACUUUUCCAAAAUUAUCUUGAAUGAGAUUCGGGCCAAUCCCGCGGUGUCACGUUGCCCAAGGGCGACCACCAUAAAGGCCAUUAUCAGACGUAUACAAGAAACAACAGACAAUGGCAAAAUCGCCAGUGUCAGUGACCGGACAGCUCUCACAGUUAACCUUAAAGCCGGCCAUGUACAACUGCUACGCAAAACGAAAUGUCUUUUGGAGUCUUACGAUCGUCAUUUUGGGGCGUAUUUCUCUUUAUACUAGGGUCCGAAGGUCG